AGGCAAGGCAGGCAAGGGGCAGCAAGGCAAGGUACGUGCAUGUUUGGGGGCUCGAAACUACACGAGCUCCCCUAGGGGCUCUGCUAUGGCAAAGCAGUCCCCGGGUGCCAUGUCGGCGUCAGGGGUGCCCACUGGGGCCUUUUCCAGCCCCAAGUGGCGUGGGCGGCACAUGCACAAGGCAGAGGCGCUUCUGAGGGAGACCAGGGAGAGGAGGGAAAGGAGCAAAGGAAGGAACCAGCAGCCACGUCAGCAGCGCAGCUCGGGCCCGCUGGUCCACAUGUACGCGUCGCUGGUGCGGCAUUAUGCCAGGGAGGGCCACGUCAGCAAGGUGGUAACCCUGUUACAGCAGAUGAGGGACGACCUGGCCGCAUCGGGACGAAAGGUGCCGCCCCAAGCUACAGAAGCCGUGGUUUUUUGCGUGUGCUCGGGCUGUAUACAGGAGCCGGAAGAGGAGGGAGAAGGUGGGAUCAGGGGGAGGUGUAGCUUCAGACUCGGGUGCUGCAGCCAUGGGAGCGAGUAUGGGUGCUGAUGUCAGGGAGAAGGGGGGAGAGGGCAGCGAGUUUGGUGUGAGAGGAGUGGGUAAUGGAGGGGCGGGCGAGGAGGAAGGGGAAGUGCCUGCUGAUGCUCUAGUGGACCAUGCAU